GCUUCGUUGCGACUAUUUCUGUAUCUACAACUCCAGCAGCUUGGUAUUCAGUGCUUCUCCUUGCGUCGAGCUACUCUCCAGUGUGAUCCGCUUGGAGAACGCCUGUCUGCCCUCUGGAGUCCUGCACCGUUCCUCUUCGAUUCCGGUUCCUGUGUGCUGUACGGCGUUCCAGCCCUCCUCGUUGUGCGUGCGUGCAGUACACACAGAGUCGUUCCUGUGUUCUUCUGACUUCAUCAUGAAGAGGACUGCGUCCAUGGCCGAGCCCUCGACAUCGGGAGCCGUCCAGCCCUCGACAUCGGGGUCAGCACAGGUAUGUGCACCAAAACCACCAGGGAAUGGGUGUGCUUUCUGUGGCAAAUUGUUUUCAGCUAGCCGUAGUGCUAGACGGCACGAGAAAGUGUGUGCAGCUAAUCCUGGCUGUAAUGCAGCAAGCCAAUAUCAUAUCUGCGGUAUGACACUAAGCCGCAAAGAUAGUUUGGCUCGUCACAUCAGAACAUGCGAGGGCACCAUCGAGCACAGCACAGGCUUGAGGUGCAUUCACUGCGGGCAGCAAUUUGAACAUAGCCACCAUGCCAGACGCCACGAGAAGAGCCAGUGCUCAUUCAAUCCUGGAUGUAUUAGCUAUAAAUGCAUAAAGUUCCAGGGCGAAUUCACACGUAAAGAUAAUCUGUUUGUGCACAUCAAGACGUGCAAUGGCCUGGCUCCCAAGAGAUGUCGCACGGCCGAGCCCUCUGGCCUGCAACAGCCCGGCCCCAGCACUCGUCCGCAAUACGUGGCGAGUGUGCCCGACCAGGCACAGCGAGACUUGGAGGCGCAAGUGCCUGACCAGGCUCAGGUUGACUUGGAGGCAGGCGGUACCGGGUUCGUUGAGGCAGAGAGCGCGUUCCGCAGAAAUUUAAAGACCUUAGUGGCAGUCAACAAUGGUGCGACAAAAGACAUUUGCACGUACCUGGGCGAAAUGAAAAAUAACUUGAUAAAUCGCAUUUCCCAGGAAGUACGUGAAAAUGGCCCAGUGAAGUUCAAUGUAUGGCUUGAAUGUGAUUAUGCCAAGCCCGCUCCCUUCGAUGAAGGUGUAGACAAGAGGGCGUUCAAGACGAAGAAUAUACCCAUCUACGAAGAGAGCGACAUUGAAGAGGCAGUAACAGAAUGAAUUGAGAAAAUAUGUAGGGAGGAAGACGAAUAUGUCAGUAAAGGCUCGGGGUGGACUCUGUCUGCAGUAAAGAAAAUUCAGCUCCGUUUCAACAAGUUAGUGCCUCUUCGAGUCUCCUCCUACAUUGAUCUGCUUGCUGUCAUCAAGAACCGUGAAGCGUGCAUAAACCCUAAGAACCUGGAAGACAACGAGUGCUUCAAGUGGGCCAUACUGGUGCGGUACGUGGAGGGGGUGAGUCCCCAACAUGUGGACAAGCACUACAUUGAGCUUGAAAACAAAUUUGAUUUUUCAGGAUUGGAGUUCCCUACCCCCCUCCACCAAAUCAAAGUAUUUGAGAGGAACAAUCUCGAAGUGUCUGUCAACGUCUACAACAUUGACGAGGACAACAAGAUCGCGCCAAUGCGUGUGGGGAAGGAAGAAAAACGUCAUCAUUUCGACCUCCUGUUGCUAACGUCCGAAGAUAGGAACUCUCAUUUCUGCUAUAUUAAGAACUUCUCAAGACUCGUCAGGCCUCAGAUCACUGCCCAUGACCACAAAAUCCAUGUCUGCAAGAGAUGCUUCACGUACUAUCACGAUUUGACACGAGAUUCGGGGCUGACAGGGCAGCAGUGUCUCGACGCGCACAAGAAAUUCUGCAACACCCAUGCUCCUGUGCGCGUCGAGAUGCCGAAGCCAGACAAGAACGGCCAGCCCCCUGUCAUGGAAUUCAAAAACUAUCACCACAUGACAAAGAUGCCCAUCGUCGUAUACGCAGACUUUGAGGCCAUGCUCGUGUCCAUCUCAUCAUGCCAGCCGGACCCCCAGCAAUCAAGCACACAGGCCUACCAGAAGCACGAAGCUUAUAGUUAUUGCAUAUAUGUCAAGGUGGAUAAUGAUGUGAUCCCAGCCACACUCACCACCUCGCUGCCGCAAGAGCCGAUGCUAUACAGGGGUCCCGAUGCUGAAGCAAAAUUCGUGGAGGACAUAGUCAAUAUUGGGAAUCAGGUGAAGGAAAUAUACGAGACGAGGCUGCCCAUGACGUCGCUGACGGCUCAAGGGUAUGCCAGAUUCACCGCAGCCCAACAGUGCUGCUACUGUAAUACAGUAUUUACGGCUGAUAAUUAUAAAGUCAAGGACCACGACCACUUCAGUGGAAAGUACCUUGGUGCCGCCUGCAACAGCUGCAACCUUCUGCGCAGGCGACCCAAGAAGCUUGUUGUGUACUUCCACAAUCUGGGCUAUGAUGAGAAGUUCAUCAUCAAGAAACUGGGCUACGACAACAAGGAAAUAUUCAUGAUUCCCCACACGCAGGAAAAAAUGAUAACAUUUUCGAAAAGUCAGGGCGAAAAAUUCUCCGUACAGUUUAUCGAUACUUUCAGGUUCAUGGCUCACAGUUUCGCGUCCCUUGCAUCGUACCUGCCAGCCGACAAAUUCAAAGAGACUUCAAAGUAUUUCACAACAGAAGAAAUGUCCCUCGUCACGAGAAAGGGUAUAUUCCCUUAUGAUUAUGUUUCCAGCUGGGAUAAACUGGACGAGCCACAACUGCCUGCAAAGGAAGAUUUUUACAAUAUAUUAAAUGACAGCAAUGUCAGCGCUGCCGAUUACGAGCAUGCGCAGGCAGUGUGGAACAAGUUCGGCUGUGUGACCCUGGGUGACUACAGCGACGUAUAUUUAAAGACGGACGUGCUGCUUCUUGUAGACGUUUUCAAGAACUUUCGUCAGCUCUGUCUCGACACGUACGGGCUUGACUGCAGUCACUACGUCAGUUCCCCAGGGUUCACGUUCGACGCAAUGUUGAAACAGACGCAGGUACAGCUGGAGUUGAUGACCGACUACGAUAUGUACAUGUUCGUCGAAGCUGGGAUCAGGGGCGGGGUGGCACAAGUGGUCAAGCACCACUGCAAGGUCCAACAACGUCUGCCUUCCCCGCACCUACGAUCCCAGCCAGUCGUCGAAGCACAUACUCUAUCUGGACGCCAACAACCUCUACGGAUGGGCCAUGUCGUUGCCGCUGCCAGUCAGAAGCUUCAGGUGGGUGGGCACGGACAUUGACGUGAUGUCGAUACCUGACGAGGGGCAGACGGGCUACAUCCUUGAAGUCGAUGUAGAGUAUCCGUCUGCCCUCCACGAGGACCACAAAGAUCUGCCGUUCCUCCCCGUCAACAAGUGCCCGCCCGGCUCGAGUCAAACUAAAUUAAUGACAACUUUCGAGCAUAAGGAAAAUUAUUUAAUUCAUUAUAGAAACCUGAAGCAAGCUCUCCAGCACAGACUGUGAAUUAAGAAGGUACACAGAGUCCUGGAAUUCAAGCAGCGUGCCUGGAUGAAGUCCUAUAUUGAAAAAAAUACAUUUAAGGGACAACAUGCUAGCAAUGACUUUGAGAAGGAGUUUUUCAAGCUGGCAAAUAAUUCCUGCUUUGGCAAGCUUAUAGAGAAUAAAUUCAAGCGGCAGCGUAUGGAACUCGUAUGCAGCGAGGCGAGGCUCCGAAAAGUGAUUAUCAAGCCAGCGUUCCAGGACCAAACCAUUUUGGACGAAGACUUGUCGCUAAUAAAACUCCAACAUGAGAAAAUUUAUCUUGAUCGCCCUAUAUAUGCGGGGUUCUCGGUUCUGGACUUGUCCAAGACAUUGAUGUACGAUUUCCACUAUGAUGUGAUGAAGACAAGAUAUAAAAACAACAUCACGCUGGUGUACAUGGACACGGACAGUUUCAUCUACGAAAUCAAAACGCGCAAUUUCUACCAGGACCUGGCCGACGACUCUGCGCUCAUGAGUGUAUUUGAUACGAGCGCGUAUCCCAUUGACCACCCCUGCUACUCACCCACCAAUAAAAAAGUGGUGGGUAAGUUCAAGGAUGAGUGCAAUGGCAUGGUGAUGGAGGAGUUUGUCGGCCUCAGAGCUAAAUUAUAUAUGUACAGAUAUGGGGAAACGAUUACAAAGAGAGCAAAAGGAAUUCAGAAAUGUGUAGUGAAAAAUAAAAUAUUAUUUGAAGAUUUUCUCGAGGUCCUGGAGCAGCACACCGAGAAGCGUGUAAACGUCCGGUCCAUAAGGUCGCACCAAAUGACAUUAUAUACAGAAUGUACGAAUAAAUUGGCACUCUCAUGGCACGAUGAUAAGCGGCGAAUAUGUGAUGAUGGUAUACACACAUUACCAUAUGGGUACAAUGGUUAAUGUUAUUUUAACAAUACCGCAG